AUGAUCGAGCAGCAGAAGCGGAAGGUGCCGGGUGGCCCUGGCCCCGCUCCGGCUCCCGCGCCGGGCCCGGCUCCUGCCCCCGCCGCGCCUGGAGCUGCCCCGGCUCCCGCCGCAGACCUCCCGCUCGUUCCCGUGCCCGCCAAGAGGCCCCGCCAUGACGUGCCGGGCGCGCCGGGCACGGGCGGCGCCGGCGGGCAGCCCCCGGGCGGGGCGCUGCUGCAGGGGGGCCCCCCACGCUGCUCCUCACUCCAGGCCCCCAUCAUGCUGCUCUCGGGGCACGAGGGGGAGGUUUAUUGCUGCAAGUUCCACCCCAACGGCAACACCCUGGCCUCGGCUGGAUUCGACAGGCUCAUCUUGCUGUGGAAUGUCUACGGGGACUGUGACAACUUUGCCACCCUGAAGGGGCACAGCGGGGCCGUCAUGGAGCUGCACUACAACACGGAUGGCAGCAUGCUCUUCUCAGCCUCCACGGACAAGACCGUGGCCGUGUGGGACAGCGAGACCGGGGAGAGGGUGAAGAGGCUGAAGGGCCACACGUCCUUCGUGAACUCGUGUUACCCGGCCCGGAGGGGCCCCCAGCUCGUCUGCACCGGCAGCGACGACGGCACCGUCAAGCUGUGGGACAUCAGGAAAAAAGCUGCUGUGCAGACAUUCCAGAACACCUACCAGGUGCUGGCUGUCACCUUCAAUGACACCAGCGACCAGAUCAUCUCUGGAGGCAUCGACAACGACAUCAAGGUGUGGGACCUGCGGCAGAACAAGCUCACCUACACCAUGAGGGGCCACGCUGACUCGGUGACGGGGCUCAGCCUGAGCUCUGAGGGCUCCUACCUGCUCUCCAACGCCAUGGACAACACAGUUCGGAUCUGGGACGUGCGGCCCUUUGCCCCCAAGGAGAGAUGUGUGAAGAUUUUCCAGGGGAAUGUCCAUAAUUUUGAAAAGAACCUUCUGAGGUGCUCUUGGUCCCCGGAUGGCAGUAAAAUCGCAGGGGGCUCAGCUGACAGGUUUGUCUACGUGUGGGACACCACAUCCAGAAGGAUCCUGUACAAGCUGCCAGGCCAUGCUGGGUCUGUGAAUGAACUGGCCUUCCAUCCAGAGGAGCCCAUCAUUCUCUCUGCAUCCAGUGACAAAAGGCUCUACAUGGGGGAGAUCCAGUGAAGCCAGUGGUGGGAUCUGUGCCCUCAGGAUCCUCGACUUCCAGCGGUGGGAUGGACUCUCUCCCCCUUGGCUCGUGGCACUGGGGAAUGUUGCAGCACCUCCGUGUGACAACCCACCCUGUGCAGGUCUUAAAGUCUCACUGGGCAGCUUUUUCCACCUCCUCUUUCUUUAGGGAGGAAGGAAAAUUUGGAAUUGAAAGUAACUGAGUUUUGACUGUGCCACUGAGGAUUUAACCCUCCCCCAGACCCCUUGGAUUAGGUAACUUUUGUUUGAAGCCCAGGCAUACCCUGUGUAUUCCCUGUCCAGUUCCUCUUCUGUGUUUUUUAUACAGUUAAAACUGCAAUAAAUGGCUUUUUACAGA